GGUGAGGGAAGAAAAGAGAGGCCUCGAAAAGCUUGGGGGCACAUUUGCGCUCGGGUUCCUGGUCCUCGCAGCCCUCCUGCCUUGAGUGUGGGAGAACACUUUUUUUGUUUUAAGACUCAGCGUGGAGAGAAAGCCUUCGUCCCAGGGGAGGAGAGGCGUCUGCGGGGGGCAGAGACCGCAGCUACCUGCCGGGUGCGCCCCCCCGCCCCAGGCACGCCGGCGUUCGUCCCCCCUUUCUCUCCCGCUCCCACCUCCUCAUUGGUGCUGGUUUGCAGCGCUCGGCUCCUGCGCCUUCGCUUCGCGUUUGAAUCUGGCUCGCCCCUCCGUAUUAUGUCUGCACUCCGAAGGAAAUUUGGGGACGAUUACCAGGUAGUGACCACCUCGUCCAGCGGCUCGGGCUUGCAGCCCCAGGGGCCGGGCCAGGGCCCGCAGCAGCAGCUUGUGCCCAAGAAGAAGCGACAGCGGUUCGUGGACAAGAACGGCCGGUGCAAUGUCCAGCACGGCAACCUGGGCAGUGAGACGAGCCGCUACCUCUCGGACCUCUUCACCACCCUGGUGGACCUCAAGUGGCGCUGGAACCUCUUCAUCUUCAUUCUCACCUACACCGUGGCCUGGCUCUUCAUGGCGUCCAUGUGGUGGGUGAUUGCCUACACUCGGGGCGACCUGAACAAAGCCCACGUCGGCAACUACACGCCCUGCGUGGCCAAUGUCUAUAACUUCCCUUCGGCCUUCCUCUUCUUCAUCGAGACCGAGGCCACCAUCGGCUAUGGCUACCGCUACAUCACCGACAAGUGCCCCGAGGGCAUCAUCCUCUUCCUCUUCCAGUCCAUUCUCGGCUCCAUCGUGGACGCCUUCCUCAUAGGCUGCAUGUUCAUCAAGAUGUCCCAGCCCAAGAAGCGCGCGGAGACCCUGAUGUUUAGCGAGCACGCGGUGAUCUCUAUGAGGGACGGAAAACUCACGCUCAUGUUCCGAGUGGGCAACCUGCGCAACAGCCAUAUGGUCUCCGCGCAGAUCCGAUGUAAGCUGCUCAAAUCUCGGCAGACACCUGAGGGUGAGUUCCUUCCCCUUGAUCAACUUGAACUGGAUGUAGGUUUUAGUACAGGGGCAGAUCAACUUUUUCUUGUUUCCCCCCUCACGAUUUGCCACGUGAUUGAUGCCAAAAGCCCCUUUUAUGACCUAUCCCAGCGAAGCAUGCAAAGUGAACAGUUCGAGAUUGUCGUCAUCCUAGAAGGCAUUGUGGAAACAACUGGGAUGACUUGUCAAGCUCGAACAUCAUACACUGAAGAUGAAGUUCUUUGGGGCCACCGUUUUUUCCCUGUAAUUUCCUUAGAAGAAGGAUUCUUUAAAGUUGAUUACUCCCAGUUCCAUGCAACAUUUGAAGUCCCCACACCACCUUACAGUGUGAAAGAACAGGAGGAAAUGCUUCUUAUGUCGUCCCCUUUAAUAGCACCAGCCAUAACUAACAGCAAAGAAAGACAUAAUUCUGUGGAAUGCUUAGAUGGACUAGAUGACAUUAGUACCAAACUUCCAUCUAAGCUGCAGAAAAUUACUGGAAGAGAAGACUUUCCCAAAAAACUCUUGAGAAUGAGUUCUACAACUUCUGAAAAAGCCUACAGCUUGGGCGAUUUGCCCAUGAAACUUCAACGAAUAAGUUCAGUACCUGGCAACUCAGAAGAAAAACUGGUAUCUAAAACCACCAAAAUGUUGUCUGAUCCCAUGAGCCAGUCGGUGGCUGAUUUGCCACCAAAGCUUCAAAAGAUGGCUGGAGGAGCAGCCAGGAUGGAAGGGAAUCUUCCUGCAAAACUAAGAAAAAUGAACUCUGAUAGAUUCACAUAACAAAACACCCCUUCAGGCAUUAUUUACUGUUUGAUUUGGUAAUAGUCCAAUAUUUGGCUGAUGAGGUAAUCCUCUCUAAGGAAUCUGAAAGGUACAUUUUUCCCCCAGUCAUAUAUACAUAUUUGAGAACCCUUCCUUUUCAAAUAUUGCUUAUGUGCAAAAGAAAAAGUUGUAAAGGGAGGACAUCAGAAGGAAGUUCUUAUUAACGGGCAUGUAUUAUCACAUCAAGCAUGCAAUAAUGUGCAAAUUUUACAUUUAGUUUUAUGGCAUGAUUUAUAUAUGGUAUAUUUAUAUUGUAUAUUAUGGAAAAUGUAUAUAUAUAUAUUUAAAGGGGUAGUACCCUGCACAACAUUUCUAACAUACGUAUUAAGCCAAACAUGAAUUGAUA